UUAUGUUUGGUAGGGGAACAUUUACUGACAAUUAUUCUACUAGUUCUGAAGAAAAUAUUCAAGUAAUUGAAAGUGAAGACGAUAUUGGAUUAUCUAGAGAUUAUUUAAAUAAACAAAAAGAAGAAAAUAAUAAAAGAAAACAACUAAAAAAUUUUAUUCGUUCUCAACAUAUGGCUAGUGAAAAUGUUGUUGAUGGGGGAUUUUUGGAUUUAAUAUCUCGUGGACAAAAUCUAACAAAUCAAACUAAUUCUUGGUCUGAACAAGAAAGUGAGGAAGUAUCUCAAAAUGAAGAUUAUGGUGAUUUUUUGAUGGGAAAAUAUAGUAAUGGACCUUUAAAUAAUUUUCAAAGAAAUGGAUUUUUAAAUAAAAAUAAAGUAAAUAAAGUUAAAAAUCUUCAAUCACCAAUUCCAAGUAGUUUAUCUUCCUUUACAUUUACAACAGAUUCACAAUUAAUUGGAAGAAAGAAAAUAAAUGAUUUUGGUGGAGAAAGUUGUAGUUUGUCUUCAAUUGGAUUAAAUGAGAAUUUAAAUGAAAGAAGAAGAAAUUGGGAUGAGGAAGGAAAUGAUUCUGAAAGUUUGGCAACAAAUAUUAAUUUAAAUAAUUUAUCCAAAAAUGAGAAUUCAAUAAAUACUUUAUUUAAUUUAAAAAGUCAAUUAUCUUCCUCUUCAUUAAAUAAUGGACAUUCAACAACAUUAAAUUCUUCAAUUUUAAAUAUACCUCGACUUAAUUCUGCAGAUUCUUGCAGUACUUUAAUACAAGAAAUCCCAACAGAUUGCCUUCAAAGAAUUACCGACCCUUUUUUACUUUACAAUGAAAGAAAUAAUUUAUUUAAUUUGGCACAAAAAAUUGGUGUUAAAUUUGAAGUUCGAGAAAUUGAAGGUGCUUUUAUUUUUUCCCACCCACUAACUAAAAAUAUAAUUGUUUUUAAUUCUCAAAUUUUUAAUGGGCAAAAUGGACAAAAAAUUGAGGGAAUUCGUAUUUCUUUGCAUAAAAAUGAAAGACUUUAUCGAGAAAGUCAUCUUUGGCCGGUGGAAAGAUGGUUGGGGUUGGCAACAAUUGAAGGUGUUUGUAGGCGUUUCUUUUCUCCUUCUUGCGAUAUUUAA